AUGCUUAUGUGUGACUUGGCUGUGAAGAAAACGAAUAAUUUUAUGGAAGGCGCAGCAUCUUUAAACGAGCACAGUGAUUUCUCUUCACAGUCUUUACGGUUUCUGUCGAAAACCAAAAAUCAAGUUUGCAAUCUAUGCACUGCCCUUUUCUUGAAGCCUUCCGGGAAGAAUAUAGGACCGACGAGGCUGUUAACGAGUUCUACCAGUGUCAAACUCUCAGAUUCACUUCAAUGGCGCAUCGCUAGCAUAUUAUAUCUUGAAUGUCUAGCAAUAUAG